AUUUGCAACGAGCCCCAUUUUGCAGCAACAGGAGCUGCAACUAUUUUUACAGACUUUUGAGGGAAAACCCAGCAUGGAGAUGUUUUUAAUCUCAGCGAUUUUGGCCGCUCUCCUCCUCGCGCCGUUCGCGCUGAAGACGUUUUGCCCCUACGCGUGGAUGGACCUGCUGUACUUCGGGGACCUCGUGCGUAUUUUGGUGCGGUUCGUCUCGAGGCGCAGGAGGAGACCCCUCUUCUUCGCUCUGGACCGCUUCUUGGAGCAGAGCAGCGCGCAUCCCGACAGGCCGUUCGUGGUGUUCGAGGGGGAGAGCUACACGUACGCGUACGCGGACAAGCGGAGCAACCGGAUCGCCCACGCGCUCCGGAGCCACCGGGGUUACGAGGCCGGGGACACCGUGGCCCUGUUCAUGGGCAACGAGCCCGCCUUCAUGUUCACCUGGCUGGCCCUGGCCAAGCUGGGCUCCCCGGUGGCUCUGCUCAACCACAACAUCCGCAGCAAGUCUCUGCUGCACUGCUUCAACUGCUGCAAGGCCAGAGUCCUGAUAGCAGCUCCAGAAUUAAAGGAAGCAGUGGAGGACGUGCUGCCCUCGCUGAUGGAGCAGGGCGUCACCAUCCUGCUCAUGUCCAAACAAUGCGACACACCUGGCAUUGAGGGCUUCUCCGAUAAAGUGGACCAAGCUUCAGACGCACCUCUUCCUCGAUCGCUCAGGUCUCAGAUCACGUUCAAAAGUCCUGCAGUUUAUAUUUACACCUCAGGAACCACAGGUCUUCCCAAGGCAGCUCUGGUCAACCAGAACCGCCUCCUAACCGCUCUGGUUGUUUUAUCUUCAAAUGGUGUCAAGACGAAUGACGUAAUUUAUCUCAACCUACCUCUGUACCACACAGCCGGAUUUAUUAUUGGCUUUAUCGGCUCCAUUGAAACAGGGUCGACUAUUAUAUUGAAAAGGAAAUUUUCUGCCUCUCAGUUCUGGGACGACUGCAGGAAAUACAACGUGACUGUUAUUCAGUACAUAGGAGAGGUGAUGCGCUACCUCUGCAGCACUCCAAAGAAAGACAACGACAAGGACCAUAAGGUGAGACUGGCCAUUGGUAAUGGCGUGAGAGCGGAGAUAUGGAGAGAGUUCACCAGGCGCUUCGGAAACAUCCAGAUCCGGGAGUUUUAUGCUUCCACUGAGGGGAAUGUAGGUUUUGUCAACUAUGCCGGAAAAACAGGAGCAAUUGGAAGAGUCAACUUUUUCCACAAGAUGCUGUUUCCCUACGCUCUUGUUCAGUAUGACACAGAGCGGGAUGAACCAAUUCGAGAUGCUAACGGACUCUGCUUGGAGGCUCCCAGAGGUGAGACGGGCCUGCUGGUGUCAAAGAUCACAGACAUCGCUCCUUUCGUCGGCUACGCCCAAAAUGAAGAGCAGACGGAGAAGAAGAGACUUCGGAAUGUGCUCAAGAAAGGAGAUCUGUACUUCAACACCGGAGACUUGAUGAGGAUCGAUGAAGACAACUUCAUCUACUUUCAGGAUCGUGUUGGCGACACGUUCAGGUGGAAAGGAGAGAACGUGGCCACAACCGAGGUAUCUGACAUCUUGACGAUCAGCGACUGUCUUAAAGAAGCCAAUGUUUACGGAGUCCAAGUUCCAGGACAUGAGGGUCGCAUCGGGAUGGCCGCUGUCACUGUGAACAAAGACACCCCGUUCGAUGGCAGUAAACUGUACGACCAUGUGGCCAGUUACCUGCCCUCAUAUGCACGGCCUCGCUUCAUCAGGAUACAGAAUGCCGUGGAGGUGACGGGGACCUUCAAGCAGAUGAAAAUGAAGCUGGUGGAGGAGGGCUUUGAUCCGGGACUCAUCCAGGACCCGCUUUAUAUCCUGGAUGAUCGUGAGAGGAGCUACAAGCCGCUGACGGCCGAGGUUCACUCUGCCAUCGUAUCGGGAAGCAUGAAACUAUGAGCGAGGUCCAGAUGUUCAACGACUGUGCAGGUUUACGCACAGAUCAGCCACGGCAUUAUGACCACUUACCUAAUAUUGUGUAGGUCUCCCUUCUUGUCUUGGUUUACCUGAGAGGGGCCAGCUGGUGUGUUUGCUACCUGGGGCUGCUGGGCUGCAUCAGAACUGAUCCAUGCUCGCUGCGGGGGCUCUCUCUUUUACGUUGCGUCUGUCCGUUUUUAAUUGUUCGUUUCAUUUGCAAUAAAUU